CAUACAAUAAUUAUAACAAAGACAUUAAUUCUAGUGCAUUUCUUUGUACAUUUGUAUUGAACAACGUUUGUCCGAUUAUGCCAGGGAGCCACUGUAUAUGUACAUAUGUAUGUAUGUAUGUACGUACCUCUCAUCUGAGGUUAAAAUGGUUGAAAUGGAAUGCAUACAUAUAAACACACCACACACGAAUAUAUAUGGCGAAUGGCAAGGCAAAGCAGAAUCUGAGGAUAUGACAGCAGCAUUCUCAGACGAGAGGACCGUACCGUUCGCACAGCACUGAGAUCCUAUUCGAAGCAAAACACCUGACUUUCUCGUGUGGCGCCGCAGAACCGCAGAGAACAACCGCUCGAAAUAUCACGAAAUCGGCUGAAUAGAAGGGUUAUUUUUCUUUGAGUCGCGUUUGAAGUCGACAUGGAUUUUUUUGGACGCAAGAACGACAGUGAGAGGCUGACUCCCCUGGAGAAUUCAGAGAAGGAGUUUAUUUCUGGGCAAGCUGAAUCGGAACGCAACGUCAGUUUGGUUGAAGAGCACGAGGACGAGGACGAGGACGUGCAGAAGAGUAUGUCUGGGCUUUCGCCGCUUGUGGAUAUCAUCCGAAAACUGUCAAAACUGUCCAGAACGAAUGAGGCACUCAGUAUGGAUCUAUCCACAGGGACUUUGACAAAACGUAUGCCCAUCAACCGUCAAAUUGAAUAUGAGCCACAGAAUUCGGGCAACAACAUGACUGACUUAGGUCAGUUGGGUGGCGAGCAGCCGAAGGAAACUGCAAAUAAUCAGCACCAAGGCGGUUGGCAUUACGUUUUGCACGUACCAACAGAUGGGGAAUCUCCCAAUAUCGACAAGCCGGUACAGUAUGAGUCUCCACUUCCGCACCCAUCGCACCCAUCGUACUUAGGAGUCACCGUUGUUGGCUGGGAGCAAGAAACCAAUUUGCCUGCUGGAUAUGAUCUGUCAAGCAUGCAGGAAAUUGAAGGUACAAUUUGGCUAGACCUGAACGGCUGUGCGUUUUUACGAACCAACCAAAAUCAAACAGAAAUUAUCUUUGUCUACCAGUCUUCAUUUGACGCCUAUUGGCGUACUGUUUCUUUGUUUAAAAAAAAACAUCGUAAACUUCGAUGUUUCAUCACAAAUAUCGAUGCUGCCCCAGCUCCACAUCGGCGGCCAUUUUGGAUAAGGAAAACAACCGAAGUUUAG